AUGGAUGAGGUCGAACAAGUGCAUGAGGCAGCGCGUCUGGCGCUCACACCACCGUCUCGUCUUUAUCCAUGCAGCUACAGCCAAAGACGAUACCGUCUCGUCGUGGUGGUGGCCAUCUCGACUUGGACGUCUCUUACUUCCCUCACGCCCCACACUUUCGCCUCUCUACAGCCUCAUACGAGCGCUCCAGUAGCUCAGAACGUGCUGAUUUUUCUCCAUGGACGUGGUGAUUCCCAUGAGCCUUUUGCUCGUCUAGGCAAACAAAUGGAACUGCCUCAAACAGCAGUGAUAUCUCUCCGUGCUCCUCAAGAAUUGCCUUUUGGUCUUGGCUUCACUUGGAUGAACGACCUCGAUAGUAUCGGUGAUGUGAUUUUGCCUGUUACGUCACACAAACAACGCAGUCAGAGUCUUGAAAUGGCGAGAGAUUACAUCUGGAGCUUCCUGUGUGUACUGCACGAUCGGUAUUCCUGGAGUUAUUCUCGUUUAUUUGUGUUUGGAUUCUCACAAGGAGCGUGUGUGGCGUUCCACUUGGCAAUGACUUUACCACGUGAUGUGCGGUUGGGAGGCAUGGUGCUCGUAUCUGGUGGUGCCAUUGCAGGCCCUCAUUUGUCUUCCUCCUCAUCACAAGGAGGCGCCGCUGCCACGCCCAUGCUCCAGGUCACUGGCGCAGCAGAUGACGUCUACCCAGCAGCACUCGCAGAGCAAUCGCGCCGCGAAGUCAAGCGGAGAUAUUCCCAGGAAGCAGCAAUAAAGUUGUUUACGAGCUUGGUUCGACCAGGCAAAGGACACGCAAUGAUUGGCUCUCGCGAAGACAUGCAGCAGGUAAUGUCGUUCUUCUCCAAGCACCUGUACCUGCGCAACAUCGCUCUAGAGAAUCGUAGCGACGUUAUCGAGCUCCAAACGUGA